AUGCCGCCGCGCACGGAAGACGAGCCGGUGUUGACACCGCCAUAUCACGACGAUGCCGACUCCGAACGAGAGGAGGAAUCCGACGAUGAAGGUGAAGAGGCGCGCAUGCUGAGGACUCUCGAUGGGUCCGGGCCUGAAGUUGAGGCUGCCCCUGGCGCGGCGCUCUCACACCCGCGAGAGGAGGAGGAGCUGCUCAAGCCGCCCGAGAAGCCCAAGCCCAUCGCGUGGCGCGAUCUGCCGCAGAAGCAGCAGUUGUUGGUCAUUACGCUUACGAGGUUGAGUGAGCCGCUGGUGCAGACUUCACUACAGUCCUACAUGUUCUACCAACUUAAGUGGUUCGACCCGACGCUCCCGGACUCGGUCAUCUCCUCCCAGGCCGGCAUCCUCCACGCCUCCUUCACCGCAGCCCAGUUCAUCACAGCCAUGAUCUGGGGCCGCCUCGCCGACUCGAAGCGUUUCGGCCGCAAGACCGUCCUCAUGAUCGGCCUCCUCGGCACCUGCCUGUCGUGCGUCGGCUUCGGCUUCUCCCAGAGCUUCGCGCAGGCCCUCUUCUUCCGCUGCAUCGGCGGCGCCACCAACGGCAAUGUCGGCGUCCUCCGGACCAUGAUAAGCGAAAUCGUCCGUGAGAAGAAGUUCCAGGCCCGCGCCUUCAUCCUGCUGCCGAUGACCUUCAACAUCGGCGUCAUCAUCGGGCCCAUCCUCGGCGGCAUCCUCUCCGACCCCGCCGGCAGCUACCCGGGCCUUUUCGGCGACGUCGAGUUCUUCAAGAAGUACCCCUACGCGACGCCGAACCUGCUGAGCGCUGUGUUCCUCUCGUGCGCGGCGUUGAGCGUGUGGCUGUGCCUUGACGAGACGCUCGACGCCCUCCGCGAAGAGGGCCCGGACCCGGGACGCCGCCUCGGCUCGAGCAUCGCGAACCUCCUCCGCAGAGUCUGGGCCCGGCUCCGCCACGGCCGCCGCGGCGCGAUAAGACUCGACGACGCGGCCUACGCCCAGCUGCAGUCCAGCUCCGCCAGCAGCACCGACGUCGAAAUGUCCCCCGAACACCCCGCACCCAACAAGAGACCCAAGCCGCGGUACACCCACCGCCUACCCUUCCGGCGCAUCUUCACCCGCAACGUCGUCAUGACCUUCUCCGCGCACUUCUUCCUCGCCUUCCACGUCGGCACCUUCAACGCGCUCUGGUUCGUCUUCCUCUCCACGCCCACCUCGACCUCCCCGCCGCACCUCCCCUUCCGCUUCACCGGCGGGCUGGGCAUGCCCCCGCAGAGCGUCGGCCUCGCCAUGGCCAUCCUCGGCGUCAUCGGCAUCACCCUCCAGCUCUUCGUGUACCCGCGCCUCUCCGCGCGCCUCGGCACCGUCCGCGCGUGGCGGCUGUUCCUCUACUUCUUCCCGCUGACGUACUUCCUCGUGCCGUACCUCUCGGUGGUGCCGACCACGCCUUCCGCGCCGCCGCCGGGGCCGAAAGGCGGGCCGGCGAUCUGGUUCGCCAUCGUGGGCGUGCUGCUGUUCCAGGUGCUGGGGCGCACGUUCGCGCUGCCGGGGCAGACGAUCCUGAUCAACAACUGCACGCCGCACCCGAGCGUGCUGGGCACGAUACACGGGCUGGGCCAGAGCGUGAGCAGCGCGGCGCGGACGAUCGGGCCGGUGCUGUGCGGGUGGCUGUACGGGCAGGGCCUGGCGGGCGGGGUGGUCGGCGCGGUGUGGUGGGGGUUGGCGGGGGUGGCGGUGUUGGGGGUGCUGGCGAGCUGGGUUGUGUGGGAGGGGGAUGGGCAUGAGAUUGUGUUGGAGGGGGAUGAGGAGGAGGAGGAGGUUAGGUGA